AAUUACACACACCGGAAACAAUUUAUGCGCAUGCGGAAUUAUUUGUUGUCAAGUUUGAACAUCAACUAAAAAUAUGUGAAAAUAGUAAUUUCCAGAUCUCUCAUACCUCCCCGCGAACGAAAUAGCAUCACAAUGGCAACAACUAACAGCUUUCUUCAGAGUCCUGACAAGUUUUCGGGGAGUUAUCCAGGACUUGCUCAGCAGUUACCACAGAUUGCAACAGAAACAGAGCUGCAAAAAAUGUUGGCUGAUGAACGGAUGCGAAGUCAGAUGCAUAGAACUCAUUAUGAACAACUAAAAACAGAACAUCAUAAACUUCAGGAUGAAUAUGGGAAACUUGAAGAAGAAAUUAAACAUACUAUAGAAGAAAGCAGGAUUGUACAAGAAAAAUACAAAUUAAUGUACGAACAAGGCAAAAAAGAAGUGGCUGAAUUACAUGGUGAAUUUGAAGAGGCCAAAAGCAAAGUUGUGACUCCACAAAGAUUAGAGAUUAUUCGCAUGCAAGUAGUUGAAGAAGUGGAGAAAACAUACAAAGAACGUUAUAUGAAACAGGAAGAGGAAAUAGAAGAGUUACGUACAGGAUGCAAUAAAUAUAAAUAUGAACUGUCUUUUCUGAAAUCAGAGUAUGAGCAUGAAAGGAUAGAAUGUCAGAGAAUUUUAGAAGAAUGUAGACUAAAACAUGAAGCUGAGGUGUCAAAUUUAAGAAAAGAAAGAGAAGCAACAGUUUCAAAAAUAAAGAAAGAAACUAUUGAUGACUCUGAGCGUGUUAGAAUUGUACAGAGAGAAAAUGCACAGCUUCAUAUGAAAUUAAAAACUUUAAAUGGAGAGUUAGAGGAAAUAAGAGCACAUAGAGAGAAACAAGGGUUUGAGACUGACAGCCUUACUCGAGUUCAGCAAAAACAAAUAACUGAACAUGUAGCCACUGUUAAAUCUCUUGAGGCUGAGAGAGAGUCAUUGAAGAAACAAGUUGAACAAUUACAGAGAGACUUGGCACUUACAGGUGACACACAUAACAAAUUGACAGGAAGAAUCCAUGAACUUGAAAAAGACAAUGUCAUUUUAAAAAAUAAAGUGGAUGAGGCUAUUCAUAGAAAUAAAGUGGAACUUACAAAUCAAAAGAUGGAGGGGUUGAAACAGAGAGGUGAACUUGAGAGAGAUCGGGACAGACUAGCAAAUAUCAUAGAGGAUCUGCAGACCAAGAUAGAAAUUUACAAACACACUGCAGACCAACAAUCAAGAUCUUUACAAGACAAAGAAAGAGAUGCAGUAAGGAGAGUGCAGGCAUCAAGAGAAGAAGAAUUUGUCAAAUAUGCAAAGUUAGAAAGUGAAAAAUUAGCAUUAGAGGCCAAAUUACAAGAAAAUGAUAGGAGGAAAAUAGAUGAAGAAGCACAUAGACAUGCAGAAAGAGAAAAGAUGGAGGAUAGGAUAAGUUCUGCUAAUGAUGCUAAGAAUGUCGCAGAGAGAGAAGUUUUAGUAUUAAAGACUAAAGUUAGUCAUCAGCAAUCUUUGAAUGAUCAGUUGGAAAGAGAAAGAAGUGAAAAUUCAGAUUUAAAAAAUAAAAUAAAUAAGUUAGAGAGUGAACUCAGCUCCUACUUAAACAAUGAACAUGAUAUGACUGAUGAUAAUAUCAGACUUAGAAAUCAAGUAGAAUUACUUAAAGAGGAAACUAAGAUGGCUAAAGAUCAACUUAGAAAAUUACAAGACAAUCAUGACUUAAUUUUGUCGCAGCAACGAUCAUCUUAUACAGACGAGAGGACAGAGCUUGAUAACAGAGUACGAGAACUUCAUGAUAAAUUAUCUGAAGUACAGAAAAAGUAUCAAAAAGCUCUCACACUUUACAAAAAGUUACGCAGUAAAAGUCAUCGUGUAGUUGAAAAUUUGAAAGAUAAACUCCAACUGACAGAAGCAAAAUAUGAGCAGUUAGAUCUGGAAAAGAAAGCUUUAGAAAAAUGUGUACCUCAAGAGAAUUACAACAAACUGAAAAAGCAAUGGAAAGAUUUACAUAGACGCCAUGCAGAGUACAGGAAAUGUCUGAUAGGUGGCGGCACUGUAUCUAAUAUUCCAAUAGGAGAUAUGAUGUUUACAUCUUUUAAUGUUACACAUGAUGCUACCUUCUUACCUAAUUAUAGUUAUUCUGAAGAGUUUAAAAAGUAGAUAGUAUAGCAUCUCUUUUUCAAGGAGCGAAAACACCAAGACGAUUUAAGAAUUCUAAAACAAAGAUUAGAAAUGGUUGAGAAUAAUCAACAGCAUCAAAUUGAAGAACUGCAGGAGAUAGCUCAUAGUACUUUUAAAGGAUCUUUACCUGGUUUAGACGAUCAUGAUGGAACAUUAGAAAACAGCAAAGAGAAAAAUGACAUUGAUAAAUCUAGCUGAUACAUGUCUAAUUAUUGUUUAUUUCAAUAGAAUGAUGGAGAAGUACCAUACUUAUAGACAGUUGUACUAAUUGAAAGUACCAUACUUAUAGACAGUUGUACUAAUUACAUUUAAAAAAAACCUCACCAAUGUUUAUAUUAAGCUGGGCAGGGGUGGAUUUUCUUUAAAAUAGCUGAUAGUCAAUGAUGUUCUGAGUUUAUUUUUUAUCAAAGACUAUUUUAGGUGGGUUUUUUUUCAAGAAUGCAUAUAAAGAAUAAAUUGGUGGAAUCAUGAAUAUACCAUGACUUUCAGUAAAUUAAAGCUACUUUGGUUUGUGUGCUGAAUUAAGAAAGGAUAGUGUUUCUUUAAAAAAAAAACUGGAUUAGUACUAUGUUUUUUAUUUAUAAGUAAUGAAAUUGAUGAUUCAUAGUAAUUUUUUUUUAUCAAGCAUGAAGAUUUAUUUCUUGAUGCUUUGAAGCAUCAUUAGUAACUGUGCCAGUACUUUUCCAUCAUACUACACCAUGUCUGUUUUUACCUGUGAUAUUUUUGAUAUUUUACUUCUUUAGGUUGUAUGUUAUACUCAACAUAGUGACAUUUACCUAUUUACUUAUUUUACCUCAUUGCUAAUUUCUUAAGUUUUUGUUGUCACACAUACACAAUCAUAAACAUAUACACAACUUUUAUCUGGUUAUUGUUUUUUUAUUGUGAUUUUUUAGUUACUGUUUGUCUGCAUCCUGGAAAACAUACUACUGCAUUAAUUGUUAACUUGUUCCCGUCCGUACUAUGCAUAAAAUAUACAUGUUAUAUAUAUUGGUACAUGAAAUUGAUAUUUAUAAAACAACAAUCUUGAUUAAAUUACAUCUGUGGGUUAAAUAGAAACUGCUUCUAAAUAAUUGUUUAUUUUGACUAUGAUGACUCUCACAAGAAUACAGAAAAUAAUGUUUAUUUUAAGUAAGUAGUAUCACUUACUUUCUCUAUUGUACUCGUACCAAUAUUCUUGUAUUCAUAAAAUAAUUCUUGUUGUAGUUAAAAUAUUUUUGUAUAGUUUCAUGAUAUUCCAUUAUAUUUUCAAAUCUUUAAUCCACAUUGUGUGCUCAGUUGUGCUAUUCCUUAAAUUAAUUCUAUGUCCAUUCUAAGUCAGCAUUUUUAAAUUGU